UCGAACACAAAAACAACGGUUUAUCGUCUGGCAUAAUAUUGGCGCGAAGCGUCUGUGCAACUGUUGCAAUAGAGUGAAUAGACUAGUUCGUUUUUUUACUUUCUGGUUUCAACCUGCAAUUUUUUUAGUGAAAAGUUCCUCGUAAAAGAUCUUCCAGAAAAAUUUUAUCUAAAACACAAUGCCACCUGGAAAAAAUAGGUUGGAAGGUAAUGAGGAUCAGGUUGUGGGUAAGCGUCAGAAGAAAACACACGAACCUGCUUCUGACACUUUAAAGGAUCCAGAUGCUGAUGUUGUCGAUGAAGGUGGUGAAGAUGAAGAUGGUGAAGAUCGAAAUGAGGGUGGAAUGUACUUUGGGGAUAUUUACAUCCCCCCAGCGCCAGCCCCAUCUCUUACAAUGGAUGCCAGUGGCCCAAGAUUAGUUAUCACCCACAUUGAAAACUUCUACUUCAAAAGUUAUGCUGGGAAACAAGUGUUGGGUCCAUUUCACAAGAGUUUCACUUCCAUCAUUGGUCCUAAUGGCAGUGGGAAAAGCAAUGUCAUUGAUUCCAUGCUGUUUGUCUUUGGUUAUCGUGCCAACAAAAUUCGAUCCAAAAGUGUAGCAGUCCUUAUCCAUAAUUCUGAAAACCAUCCAAAUGUACAAAGUUGCUCAGUAGCUGUCCACUUUCAGAUGAUUGAAGAUAUUAAUGAUGAUGAAUUUAAUGUGGUUCCUGGGUCACAAUUUGUUGUCUCUAGAACAGCUUUCAAGGAUAAUUCGUCAUUUUAUCAAAUCAAUGGAAAACGAGUCCAGUUUAAACAUGUCGCCAAACUUUUGAGAAAUCAAGGUAUUGAUCUUGAUCACAACAGAUUUCUCAUCUUACAAGGAGAAGUAGAGCAGAUUGCCAUGAUGAAACCAAAAGCCCCCAAUGAGCAUGAAGGUGGCAUGCUUGAAUUUUUAGAAGACAUCAUGGGAACUUCAAGGUACAAACAGCCGACCGAGGAACUCAGUCAAAGAGUAGAAUCGCUAAACACCCUAAGAACUGAAAAGCUUAAUCGCGUUAAGCUGGUGGAGAAAGAAAAGGACGAACUUGAGGGCCCGAAGAACGAAGCAGUGGCUUAUAUCAAGUUGGAAAAUGAUCUCGCACAGUUUAAAUAUAAUCUCCAGCAACUCUACACUCAUCAAUCCUUGAAAGUGAUCGCCGACAGUGAACAAAAGAAAGAAAAGGUGAACGAAGAAAUGGGCGAUUUGAAGACCAGACUAGAGGAACUGACUUUGUUCAAAUCCCAAAAGGAUAAGGAUUUAAAGCAAUGCUCCAAAGAGCACGAAGAAGCCAACCGGAAGCUAGAGAAAUCCGUGGAAAAAAUGGCUAGUUUGAUAAAAGAUGACGAGAAGAUGGUUGAAGACUACCGUCUCAUCAACACGAGCCGCAAAAAAGCCAAAGAAACCAUCUUGAGCGAGAAGGCCAAGUUUGAAGAGUUGAGCAAAAUUCCCGAAAAAAAUACAAAAGAAAUUGCAGAAUUAGAGAAAGUGCUGGUGGAUUUGGAGAAGAAGAAGGAAAAAGAAGAAAAACACUUCAACGAGAUUAUGUCAAAUUUGCAAACGGAAACGCAGGGACUUCAAGACGAGAAGCAACAACAUGAACUGGAACUGGUUCAACUCAAGAAAGCUGUAAAUGAAACGCAAGCUCAGAUGGACGUUGCCCAGUCCGAGUUGGAUAUUUACCUCAGCACAGAAAAGAAAGAAAAAAAUGUCCUCGACUCUAUGAAGGAGCAACUUGAAAAAGCAUCGCAAAAUUACACGGAACGUCAUCGUAAUCUUCAAGAACUUGAAUCCAAUAAUCCCAAGUGGGCAAAGUCCCUUUCGGAAAAACAGACUGAAUUGCAAAAGGUCACUAACGAGGAUAAAACGAAAAGCGAAGAACUCAGGAAUAUACGCAUCCGACUGGAGCAAAGCCGAUCGACUUUUUCUGCCAACACUAGCCGAGGACGCAUCCUUGACGGUUUAAUGGAGCAGAAACGAAAAGGAACGUUACCCGGCAUAUAUGGACGCCUGGGUGAUCUCGGCGCUAUUGAUGAGAAGUUCGACGGGGCCGUCUCGACAGCGUGUGGCCCUUUAGAUAACAUCGUCGUCGAUACCGUUGAUACCGCCCAAAAAUGCAUCGCGUACCUGAAAAACGGCAACUUGGGCAGAGCUUCUUUUAUCGCACUGGAGAAAAUGCAUCACUUGAUCGACGUCGCCCGGCAACCGUUUGACGCUCCCGAGAGCGUCCCACGACUUUACGACCUGAUCCGCGUCAAAGACGAGCGAGUCAAACCUGCCUUUUAUAGCGGUCUGAGAAACACGCUGGUGGCAGAAAAUCUGGAACAGGCGACUCGCAUCGGCUAUGGUUCUCGUACCCGACACCGCAUUGUCACGUUGAAAGGUGAGUUGAUUGAGCCAUCUGGAACCAUGAGUGGAGGAGGUAAUGGAUGUCAGCGCGGAAGAAUGGGCCGGAAUGUCACUACAGACACUUCGGGCAACGAGACCUCUGCCAAAGAUAUUGCCUUGAUGGAAGAAAAGAUGCAGCAACUUACCGAACAGUGCAGCCAACUGCGUCAGAAGAAACAGACCCUUGAAGAUGAGUUGGUUGAACUUAACAAAUUAACCCGGGAUGGAACGACCAACCUUCAGAAGUGGAAAAUGGAAAUUAGGGCUUCCGAGGAACAACAAAAGACUCUAAAGGAGCAGAUUAACAUCCAAGAGAAGAAAGUGGCUGAUUCGAUGGCGGAUAAGAAGCAGGUUAAGACAAUGGAGAUGUCCAUCGCCGAAAAACGUAAAAGAUACGAUGCCGCUACGGAAACGGCAUCCAAAAUACAGUCCAAAGUUCAAAAAGUCCACAGUCAAAUCAUGGAAUUGACAGAGGGUAAAAUGAGUAAAGCAAGGGAAAAAUUAGAUGCUUUCACUUCCCAGAUAUCCAAAGUAAGCUCGGAAAAAACAAAACUUGGUGUGGCAAUCAAAACUUCGGAGCGCAAUGCCAAAAAGUCGGAAGACAAAAUCGCCACUCUGGAACAGGAGGUGAAAGAUGCUGAGGACGAUUUACGGAAGUUGCAAGAACGCCGUAAGGAGGUCGAAGAGGAGGCCACGAAUCUCAAAUCUUCUCAACAAACACUAGAGGCAAAUGAAAAAGAGAUGAAGACCAAAUUGGUUGACCUCAGAUCCGAACGUGAUGCAGCUCUCAAGGAGGAGAACAAAGUUCGAGCUGAGAAGAUCGACUACGACCAGAAAAUGGAAAAGUUUGACGAAGCGAUCGCAUCUCAUCGAGCCAAAGUUGAGCACUGGAAGAGAGAAAUGAGCAAAAUCAAACUAACCGCAGUAGAUGGGAAUCCGGCGCCAGAAAUCAAGCAAAUCGCAGAGGAAGAGUUAGAUGGAAUCCGAGUGGAUACGUUUCAGAAUCAGAUAACCAAAACGGAGGCAGAAUUAGGAAAAAUGUCUCCGAAUUUGCAGGCUAUUGCGGAUUACAGAAAGAAAGAAGAAAUCUACUUAGCGCGAGUUGCCGAACUGGACGAGGUCACUCAACAGCGCGACGAACAGCGAAAACAUGUCGACGGUCUGCGCAAAGCCAGACUGAGCGAGUUUAUGACUGGAUUCGCCAUCAUCACCACCAAAUUGAAAGAACUCUACCAAAUGAUUACGCUGGGAGGUGAUGCUGAGCUGGAAUUAGUCGAUUCGCUUGAUCCAUUCAGCGAGGGCAUCGUCUUUAGCGUGAGACCACCGAAAAAGACGUGGAAGAAUAUUUCCAAUCUAUCUGGAGGCGAGAAAACUCUCUCUUCGCUGGCCCUCGUCUUUGCUCUUCACUAUUACAAGCCAACACCACUGUACGUCAUGGACGAGAUUGAUGCCGCCCUCGAUUUCAAAAACGUCUCCAUUGUUGGAAACUACAUCAAGGAGCGGACUCGCAACGCCCAGUUCAUCAUCAUUUCCCUGCGUUCCAACAUGUUCGAGCUUGCUGAUCGAUUGGUUGGCAUCUACAAGACUCACAACACCACCAAAUCCGUAGCGAUAAACCCCAAUACCAUUGAGAAGCGUGGCGAAACAGAGAACACCAAUCCUGCUUCAAAUUCCAAUACUAAUGUUACUGCUGUUUCAAACGUGACCGUAGCUUAGAGUCCUUAGUUUGCCUAACGGUACAAUGAUACAAAAUGAAAUCCAUAUUACUCAUUGGGAAGACCGUCGCAUAUACUUCGCUCGAAAAUAAAAUGUUUUCUACCAUUU